UUUCUUCGCGCACGCCUUCCACUCAGUUGUUCCGCGUGUUCGGAGUUCAUAAAACAGGCAAAAGAGCAAACGAUAACUGGAAGCUUCUUUCCCAGUUCAAAUGGUCCUGCAGUGAGGUGUCCAAUGACCUCGAGACCAGGGCUGUCCAUGUGAGAAGGGAAUCUUGGAAGAGAAGAGCAGGCACUUGGAGGAGAGAAGAGUUUCCCACAGAGCAUGGCCUCAACCAAGGAUGAAGAAAUGGAUGCAAGACUGGAACCCUUUAAGCAAGAGUACUGUGAGUGGGGUGCAUCCAUGAACGUGUGCGUGAAGACAGAGGAUUGGGAAGGGGCAAUUUCAGAUUUUAAAGAGGAAGAGUUUGAGAAGAAUGUUGAAAUUAAAGGCGAGGAUGCGGGAGAUUUGCCAAUUACCCUUGAACAGCAAAAACAUGAAACUGGGAAUAUUGAAAGUCAAGGUAUGUGGGAUGAAACUCAUUCCAGUUUACAGCCCCAGUGUGCCAGUGCUGGACAACUGUUAUGCAGACAGGAUUCAAAGGACCUGAACUCUGCAUUACCCGAGUUUGAAGAGAAAGUCACAGAUGGAAACCGGAUAGACGAUGAAGGGCAGCAGUCAUCUAGGAAAGUGGGAAUGAGCAGACACUUUUUGUUGGGCGACUCAAAAGUGAAGAUUUGUCGACGAGUAUUUUUUAGACGGCACCCCGUGUUGGAUGAAUCCCUUUAUUUUCGUGGCGGCGACGAACUACUUGAACCUGAAGAAUACAAAAAAUUGGACUCGAGCAUAGAAUGCGAGAUUCCAUGUGAGCUGCAGGCAUCGAUCGUGGAGGAAGAUGUUCAGGAAUUUUUUCUUCAGGUGAAGAAAAAGAAAGCAAAAACCCGUAAAAAGUGCCGGGGAAGGAGCAAGCAUCAGAAGUGCUGCAAUCCAAAGACGAGCGAGAGACUGAAGAAGGAAUGUCCCAUGUUGUAUUGCGAGGCCCGCGUCGUUCACUUGCCUCGCCAUCUCCGAGAAAUCCACGGCUGGCCGAAAGAGCGGGCGCAAUCGGCGGUGCAGGCCUUUAUGUUAAGAAAGCCGUACACCACAACCAAGUCCAACAAGAGGAAAGCAAAAGAUUACCACUACUGCCGGCCCUGUCCAGUCGAUGGCUGCUUCUCUGUGGUUAAACGCUUACCUCCUCAUUUAAGGAAAGUUCAUCAGAUCGCCAGUGACUCCAAGCAGUACAAGAUGCUGCUUAGCAGCGUUAGCAGGAGAAACAAACAAAACAAAUGGAGCCUAAGUGACAGGCCGGACCUAAGCGGCCAUGUCACGUCAGACAGGAAUGGCGACGACAACGGACGUGAAAGAGUGGAGUCGGCAGGAAGGGGGAAUCGGGAAGAAACUGGAGGCCGUGCAAUGGCGGAAAGUGAAGAGAGUGAUACCGAUGUUGAUUACGCUCGACGGCACCCCGUGUUGGAUGAAUCCCUUGAUUUUCAUGGAGGCGAUGAACUACUUGAUCCUGAAGAAUACAAAGAAUUGGACUCAAGCAUAGAAUGUGCAAUUCCAUGUGAGCUGCAGGCAUCGAUCGUGGAAGAAGAUGUUCAGGAAUUUUUUCUCCAGGUGAAGAAAAAGAAAGCAAAUACUCGUAAAAAGUGCCCGGGAAGGAGCAAGCAUCAGAAGUGCUGCAAUCCAAAGACGAGCAAGAGACUGAAGAAGGAAUGUCCCGUGUUGUAUUGCGAGGCCCGCGUCGUUCACUUGCCUCGUCAUCUCCGAGACAUCCACGGCUGGCCGAAAGAGCGGGCGCAAUCGGCAGUGCAGGCCUUUAUGUUAAGAAAGCCCUACACCACAACCAAGUCCAACAAGAGGAAAGCAAAAGAUUACCACUACUGCCGGCCCUGUCCAGUCGAUGGCUGCUUCUCUGUGGUUAAACGCUUACCUCCUCAUUUAAGGAAAGUUCAUCAGAUCGCCAGCGACUCCGAGCAGUACAAGAGGCUGCUUAGCAGUGUUAGCAGGAGAAAAAACAAAUGGAGCCUAAGUGACAGGCUGGACCUAAGCGGCCAUGUCACGUCAGACAGGAAUGGUGACGACGACGACGGACGUGAGGGAGUGGAGUUGGCAGGAAGGGGGAAUCGGGAAGAAACUGGAGGCCGUGCAAUGGCGGAAAGUGAAGAGAGUGAUACCGAUGUUGAUUACGCUCGGUAUACUGGGGGUGACCCUUUACGUUUUCUUGUGUUUUGAGAAAUGGCUGCC